AUGCUCCGGGUGAGGAUCGAACUCACAACCUCCGCAUCCCUUAUGAUGUCGUCUCAUACUCUCUAUAAGUACGGCGCUCUAACCGAUUGUGCUACCGGAGCACUCCCCGCGGUACACUUACAUUUGUCAUCAGAUGCAUAUAAGCACUAUUUUGCGGUAGAAAAAAUGCUCCUGGUGAGGAUCGAACUCACAACCUCCGCUUUACUUACGACGUCGUCUCAUACUGUCUAUAAGUACGGAGUGUUAACCGAUUGCGCUACCGGAGCACGCUUCGCGUACGGCGCGCUAACCGAUUGUGCUACCGGAACACUCCUAGCUGUACACUUACAUUUAUCAUCAGACGCAUAUAAGCACUAUUUUGGGGAAGAAAAAAUGCACCGGGUGAGGAUCGAACUCACAACCUCCGCAUUCCUUAUGAUGUCGUCUCAUACUCUCUAUAAGUACGGCGCUCUAACCGAUUGUGCUACCGGAGCACUCCCCGCGGUACACUUACAUUUGUCAUCAGAUGCAUAUAAGCACUAUUUUGCGGUAGAAAAAAUGCUCCUGGUGAGGAUCGAACUCACAACCUCCGCUUUACUUACGACGUCGUCUCAUACUGUCUAUAAGUACGGAGUGUUAACCGAUUGCGCUACCGGAGCACGCUUCGCGGUACACUUACAUUUAUCAUCAGACGCAUAUAAGCACUAUUUUGGGGAAGAAAACAUGCUACGGCUGAUGAUCGAACUCACAACCUCCGCAUCCCUUACGAUGUCGUCUCAGUCUGUUUAUAAGUACGGCGCGCUAACCGAUUGUGCUACCGGAACACUCCUAGCGGUACACUUACAUUUAUCAUCAGACGCAUAUAAGCACUAUUUUGGGGAAGAAAAAAUGCACCGGAUGAGGAUCGAACUCACAACCUCCGCAUCCCUUAUGAUGUCGUCUCAUACUCUCUAUAAGUAUGGGGCGCUAACCGAUUGCGCUACCGGAGCAAUUCUCGAUAAGUACGGCGCGCUAACCGAUUGUGCUACCGGUGCACUUCUCGCUGUACACUUACAUUUAUCAUCAGACGCAUAUAAGCACUAUUUUGGGGAAGAAAAAAUGCUACGGGUGAGGAUCGGCCUCACAACCUUCCCAUUCCUUACGAUGUCGUCUCAUACUGUUAAUAAAUACGGCGCGCUCACCGAUUGUGCUACCGGAACACUCCUAGCUGUACACUUACAUUUAUCAUCAGACAAAUAUAAGCACUAUUUUGGGGAAGAAAAAAUGCUCCGGGUGAGGAUCGAACUCACAACCUCCGCAUCCCUUAUGAUGUCGUCUCAUACUCUCUAUAAGUACGGCGCUCUAACCGAUUGUGCUACCGGAGCACUCCCCGCGGUACACUUACAUUUGUCAUCAGAUGCAUAUAAGCACUAUUUUGCGGUAGAAAAAAUGCUCCGGGUGAGGAUCGAACUCACAACCUCCGCUUUACUUACGACGUCGUCUCAUACUGUCUAUAAGUACGGAGUGUUAACCGAUUGCGCUACCGGAGCACGCUUCGCGUACGGCGCGCUAACCGUUUGUGCUACCGGAGCACUCAUUGCUGUACACUUACAUUUAUCAUCAGACGCAUAUAAGCACGAUUUUGGGGAAGAAAAAAUGCUCCGGGUGAGGAUCGAACUCACAACCUUCGCAUUCCUUACGAUGUCGUCUCAUACUGUCUAUAAAUACGGCGGUCUAACCGAUUGUGCUACCGGGGCACUCCUAGCUGUACACUUACAUUUAUCAUCAGACGCAUAUAAGCACUAUUUUGGGGAAGAAAAAAGACACCGGGUGAGGAACGGAGUCAUAACCUCCGCAUCCCUUACGAUGUCGUCUCAUUCUGUCUAUAAGUACGGCGCGCUAACCGAUUGUGCUACCGGAGCCCUCCGCGCUAUACACUUACAUUUAUCAUCAAACGCAUAUAAGCACCAUUUUGGGGAAUACGGCGCGCUAACCGAUUGUGCUACCCGAGCACUUCUCGCUGUACACUUACAUUUAUCAUCAGACGCAUAUAAACACUAUUUUGGGGAAGAAAAUAUGCUCCGGGUGAGGAUCGAACUCACAACCUCCGCAUCCCUUAUGAUGUCGUCUCAUACUGUCUAUAAGUACGGCGCGCUACCCGAUUGUGCUACCGGAGCACUCCUCGCUGUACACUUACAUUUAUCAUCAGAUGCAUAUAAGCACUAUUUUUGGGAAGAAAUGCUCCGGGUGAGGAUCGAACUCACAACCUCCGCAUCCCUUAUGAUGUCGUCUCAUACUCUCUAUAAGUACGGGGCGCUAUCCGAUUGUGCUACCGGAGCUCGCCUCGCUUACGGCGCGCUAACCGAUUGUGCUACCGGAGAACCCCUCGCUGUACACUUACAUUUAUCAUCAGACGCAUAUAAGCACUAUUUUGGGGAAGAAAAAAUGCUCCGGGUGAGGAUGGAACUCACAACCUCCGCAUCCCUUAUGAUGUCGUCUCAUACUGUCUAUAAGUACGGCGCGCUACCCGAUUGUGCUACCGGGGCACUCCUAGAUGUACACUUACAUUUAUCAUCAGAUGCAUAUAAGCACUAUUUUUGGGAAGAAAUGCUCCGGGUGAGGAUCGAACUCACAACCUCCGCAUCCCUUACGCUGUCGUCUCAUACUGUCAAUAAAUACGGCGCGCUAACCGAUUGUGCUACCGGAGCACUCCUCGCUGUACACAAACAUUUAUCAUCAGACGCAUAUAAGCAGUAUUUUGGGGAAGAAAAAAUGCUCCGGGUGAGGAUCGAACUCACAACCUCCGCAUCCCUUACGAUGUCGUCUCAUUCUGUUUAUAUGUAUGGCGCGCUAACCGAUUGUGCUACCGGAGCACCCCUCGCUUACGGCGCGCUAACCGAUUGUGCUACCGGUGCACUCCUCGCUGUGCACUUACAUUUAUCAUCAGACGCAUAUAAGCACUAUUUUGGGGAAGAAAAAAUGCUCCGGGUGAGGAUCGAACUCACAACCUCCGCAUCCCUUAAGAUGUCGUCUCAUACUGUCUGUAAGUACGGCGCGCUAACCGAUUGCGCUAUCAGAGCACCCCUUGCUGUACACUUACAUUUAUCAUCAGACGCAUAUAAGCACAAUUUUGGGGAAGAAAAAUUGCUCCGGGUGAGGAUCGAACUCACAACCUCCGCAUCCCUUACGAUGUCGUCUCAUUCUGUUUAUAAGUAUGGCGAGCUAACCGAUUGUGCUACCGGAGCACCCCUCGCUGUACACUUACAUUUAUCAUCAGACGCAUAUAAGCACUAUUUUGGGGAAGAAAAAAUGCUCGGGGUGAGGAUCGAACUCACAACCUCCGCAUCCCUUAAGAUGUCGUCUCAUACAGUCUGUAAGUACGGCGCGCUAUCCAAUUGCGCUACCGGAGCACUCCUCGCUGUACACUUACAUUUAUCAUCAGAUGCAUAUAAGCACUAUUUUGGGGGAGAAAAUAUGCUCCGGGUGAGGAUCGAACUCACAACCUCCGCAUCCCUUAUGAUGUCGUCUCAUACUCUCUAUAAGUACGGCGCGCUAACCGAUUGUGCUACCGGAGCACCUCUCGCUGUACACUUACAUUUAUCAUCAGACGCAUAUAAACACUAUUUUGGGGGAGAAAAUAAGCUCCGGGUGAGGAUCGAACUCACAACCUCCGCAUCCCUUAUGAUGUCGUCUCAUACUCUCUAUAAGUACGGCGCGCUAACCGAUUGUGCUACCGGAGCUCGCCUCGCUUACGGCGCGCUAACCGAUUGUGCUACCGGAGAACCACUCGCUGUACACUUACAUUUAUCAUCAGACGCAUAUAAGCACUAUUUUGGGGAAGAAAAAAUGCUCCGGGUGAGGAUCGAACUCACAACAUCCGCAUCCCUUACGAUGUCGUCUCAUACAGUCUUACGGCGCGCUAUCCGUUUGUGCUACCGGAGCACUCAUUGUAGACACUUACAUUUAUCAUCAGACGCAUAUAAGCACUAUUUUGGGGAAGAAAAAAUGCUCCGGGUGAGGAUCGAACUCACAACCUUCGCAUCCCUUACGAUGUCGUCUCAUACUGUCUAUAAAUUCGGCGCGCUAACCGAUUGUGCUACCGGGGCACUCCUCGCUAUACGCUUACAUUUAUCAUCAAACGCAUAUAAGCACCAUUUUGGGGAAGAAAAAAUGCUCCGGGUGAGGAUCGAACUCACAAUUCCCGCAUCACUUAUGAUGUCGUCUCAUACUCUCUAUAAGUACGGCGCGCUAACCGAUUGUGCUACCGGAGCACUUCUCGCCGUACACUUACAUUUAUCAUCAGAUGCAUAUAAGCACUAUUUUGGGGAAGAAAUGCUCCGGGUGAGGAUUGAACUCACAACCUCCGCAUCCCUUAUGAUGUCGUCUCAUACUGUCUAUAAGUACGGCGCGCUACCCGAUUGUGCUACCGGAGCACUCCUCGCUUACGGCGCGCUAUCCGAUUGUGCUACCGGAGCACUUCUCGCCGUACACUUACAUUUAUCAUCAGAUGCAUAUAAACACUAUUUUGGGGAAGAAAAUAUGCUCCGGGUGAGGAUCGAACUCACAACCUCCGCAUCCCUUAUGAUGUCGUCUCAUACUGUCUAUAAGUACGGCGCGCUACCCGAUUGUGCUACCGGAGCACUCCUCGCUGUACACUUACAUUUAUCACCAGAUGCAUAUAAGCACUAUUUUGGGGAAGAAAUGCUCCGGUACGGCGCGCUAUCCGAUUGUGCUACCGGAGCACUUCUCGCCGUACACUUACAUUUAUCAUCAGAUGCAUAUAAACACUAUUUUGGGGAAGAAAAAAUGCUCCGGGUGAGGAUCGAACUCACAACCUCUGCAUCCCUUAUGAUGUCGUCUCAUACUCUCUAUAAGUACGGCUCGCUAACCGAUUGUGCUACCGGAGCACUUCUCGCCGUACACUUACAUUUAUCAUCAGACGCCUAUAAACACUAUUUUGGGGAAGAAAAUAUGCUCCGGGUGAGGAUCGAACUCACAACCUCCGCAUCCCUUAUGAUGUCGUCUCAUACUGACUAUAAGUACGGGGCGCGACCCGAUUGUGCUACCGGAUCUCUCCUCGCUGUACACUUACAUUUAUCAUCAGAUGCAUAUAAGCACUAUUUUGGGGAAGAAAUGCUCCGGGUGAGGCUCGAACUCACAACCUCCGCAUCACUUACGAUGUCGUCUCAUUCUGUUUAUAAGUAUGGCGCGCUAACCGAUUGUGCUACCGGAGCACCCCUCGCUUACGGCGCGCUAACCGAUUGCGCUACCGGAGAACUCCUCGCUAUACACUUACAUUUAUCAUCAAACGCAUAUAAGCACCAUUUUGGGGAAGAAAAAAUGCUCCGGGUGAGGAUCGAACUCACAACCUCCGCAUCCCUUAAGAUGUCGUCUCAUACUGUCUGUAAGUACGGCGCGCUAACCGAUUGCGCUAUCAGAGCACCCCUUGCUGUACACUUACAUUUAUCAUCAGACGCAUAUAAGCACAAUUUUGGGGAAGAAAAAAUGCUCCGGGUGAGGCUCGAACUCACAACCUCCGCAUCGCUUACGAUGUCGUCUCAUUCUGUUUAUAAGUAUGGCGCGCUAACCGAUUGUGCUACCGGAGCACCCCUCGCUGUACACUUACAUUUAUCAUCAGACGCAUAUAAGCACUAUUUUAGGGAAGAAAAAAUCUCCCGGGUGAGGAUCGAACUCACAACCUUCGCAUUCCUUACGAUGUCGUCUCAUACUGUCAAUAAAUACGGCGCGCUAACCGAUUGUGCUACCGGAACACUCCUAGCCGUACACUUACAUUUAUCAUCAGACGCAUAUAAGCACUAUUUUGGGGAAGAAAAAAUGCACCGGGUGAGGAUCGAACUCACAACCUCCGCAUCCUUUAUGAUGUCGUCUCAUACUCUCUAUAAGUACGGCGCGCUAACCAAUUGCGCUACCGGAGCAAUUCUCGCUGUACACUUACAUUUAUCAUCAGAUGCAUAUAAGCACUAUUUUGGGGAAGAAAUGCUGCGGGUGAGGAUUGAACUCACAACCUCCGCAUCCCUUAUGAUUUCGUCUCAUACUCUCUAUAAGUACGGCGCGCUAACCGAUUGUGCUACCGGAGCACUUCUCGCCGUACACUUACAUUUAUCAUCAGACGCAUAUAAGCACUAUUUUGGGAAGAAAAAUGCUCCGGGUGAGGAUCGAACUCACAACCUCCGCAUCCCUUAUGAUGUCGUCUCAUACUCUCUAUAA